AUGUUGAAACUUCUCCGGCAAAUUAUACCAUUUUUGGCUAUCGUACGACCAGUUUUCUGGAUAUCAGAUUCGACAAAUAUUGAACUCUCUUUCUUUCUUUCUCUCUCUCUAGCUCUCUGGAUCAUCCCAGAUGAUUGCGCUUCAGUAAUGUCGCUGAAAUUCUGGAAAUGUCUGAAGCGCUACUUCUCAUCUUCAUCAAAGCUGCGGAAACACAGCAGUAAGCCGCACAACCUGAAAGGAAAGUCGACCAGUUCACAAAAAUGGAUCACGCGACAACUAAAAGACCCUUAUGUGAAACGAGCCCGAGAGGAAAGCUACAGAUGCCGGAGUGCUUUCAAGUUGGUUGAAAUUGACGACCGAUUUGAUUUGCUCCGUCCAGGGUCGGUGGUCAUCGAUUGUGGGGCAGCACCAGGAUCUUGGACACAAGUGGCAGUAGAAAGGGUUAACGCUGCUGGCACAGCCAAAAGCCAAAAGGAAGGAUGUGUGAUCAGCAUUGAUAAACAGUUCAUGGUGCCUGUGAAAGGGGCAAUUACUUUGGCUACUAUGGACUUCACAAAAGGACAAACCCAAAACAAAGUCCUGGAAGUGCUGAGUGGACGUAAAGCUGACAUCAUUCUCAGUGACAUGGCCCCUAACACAACAGGCAUACGUUCGAUGGACCAUGACCUCAUAAUAGAGCUAUGCUUUUCCGUUCUAGAAUUCUCGCGUACCGUUCUGCGCCCAGAUGGUGCUCUUCUGUGCAAACUUUGGCAGGGUCAUGAACAGAAGGAGCUAGAGCAACGCUUGGGUGAUGUAUUUCAGACUGUAAAAAUUAUCAAGCCUCAAGCUAGCCGGGGCGACUCUGCUGAGAUAUUUCUGCUUGGAAAGGGCUACACGCCUAAUAAAUCCCAUAUUCAGUAA